UUUUUUCAAUUUCUGAAGCUCAAAUACUAAUUCGAAUAUUUUUUUAUGUAUUAAAUUAUUUAAUAGUAGUAGUAAGUAGUAAGUAGUCAUUAUUUGGUAUAUCCAAAUUAGUGAACAUGUCUAAAGUCUUUUAAUUUUGUAAAUCUAGCCAGAAUCCGCUUUUGGGAAUCUUAUGAUUUUCAAUUCUUGAUUGAAUUAAUUCUUGUCAAUUGAGACAUUGUAUAUAACCUAUAUAACUUAAUAGAAUAUAAAAUGAAAUUAUCGAAACAAUCAAAAUUAAAUACUAAAAAAGUGGAAUUAAAAUUAACAGGAAAAUCUCGAAAACAAAUGCGGAAAGAACUUAGAAAGCAAAAAAAAAUGAAUAAAUUAAUUUAUUUUAAAAAUAAACGUGAAUUAUGUGUGAAUAUAUCUAAUAUUAAUGAUAAUAAAACGAAUAAUAACAAAAUCAUUAACAAAGAGAUAAAUCGAUUAAAAAGUUCUAAAAAAUGUACAAAAAAGAAUUGUUUUGAAAAAGAAUAUCAUUCAGUAAUAUCUAUGAUCAACUGUUCCGAACAGGUUAAAACCAAAAAAAGUGAGGAAUUUGAAUAUAAAAAAAAAAUACAAAAAUGUAAAUUACUCAAACUAGCUAAUUUAAAAGAAGACAAAGAAAUUAGAAAAUUGGAAAAGAAAUUAAAAUUAACUAAAAGAAAGAAGAAGACAAUCCCUAAAUCUUUUGUAACUGAUGGUUUAGAUUAUAUUUUGGAUUUUUGUUUACAAAAAAACAAAAAAUAUAUUAUAGAAACAAAAGAAGAAAUCUUAGAAGAUGAUAGUAAUCAAUUUAAUAUAAAUUCUUUAGAAGUAGAAAAAAAUAUGUAUACAAGUAGUGCAUUAGAUAAUAUUAAAGAAAAUAAAAAUGAAAAUAUCGAAUUAAAAAUGAAAAAUGAUACAUUAAUUAUAGAACAAAGUAACAAUAAUAGUUCAGAUAAAGAUAAAGUUUUAAAUACACAAACUAAAAAAAUUGAUAGUAUUGAUAAUGAUGAAGAUUUUUGGGAAGAUAUUUAUGGAAGAAAAAGAAAUAAAGAAGGUAAUAUUAUAUAUGCAAACAAUGCAAACAAAUAUGUUCCACCUGCUAUACGAGCAACUAUUACACAUAAUAUAAAUUCAAAUGAAGAUGAAAAAUUACAUUUUUUAAAAAAACAAUUAAAGGGUUGUUUGAAUAGAGUGGCAGAACAUAAUAUGCAUAAUAUAGUAAAUCAGAUAGAAGCAUUAUAUAUGACAAAUAGUCGUAAUAAUAUGAACAAUAUAUUAUCAGAGUUAGUGCUUGAAAGUUUAAUAUCACAUGUAAUUACACCAGAUCGUCUUAUUUGUGAACAUAUGAUGUUAAUUGCAAUUUUACAUGCUAAUAUUGGUAUUGAAGUAGGUGCAAAUUUUUUAGAAAAGCUUAUUAAAAAAUUUAUUGAAAUCAUGGAGAAAUUUCAAAAUAUAGAAAAUAAAGAAUUGGAUAAUGUAGUUCUUAUUAUCUCACAUCUAUAUAAUUUUAAAGUAUUUGGAUACAAGCUUCUUUAUGAAAUACUUAACAAAUUUAUAAUAAAAUUUACAGAAAAAGAAAUUGAAUUAAUAUUACUUAUCUUAAAGACAGUAGGAUUUUCAUUGAGAAAGGAUGAUCCAAAUGCUUUAAAAGAAUUUAUACAAAAUUUACAACGAAAAGCUGUUCAUGAAAGUGAAAAAAAUUCAAGAGUUAAAUUUAUGUUGGACAUUUUAUUAGCAAUAAAAAAUAAUAAUAUUAAUAAAAUACCUCAAUAUGAUCCUUCUCAUGUGGAACACUUAAAAAAAGUUAUUAAAAAUAUAAUACGAAAAGGCAAUACAAUAACACAAUUCAAUGUAUCACUGGAGGAUUUAUUACAUGUUGAUGAAAAAGGAAAAUGGUGGAUUAUAGGAUCAGCUUGGUCUGGUUCAAAUAAUAUAAGUGACAAAACAAAUUUAAAAGAACAUAAUAAUCUUAAUUUUAGUAUACAAAUUUUGAAAUUAGCACAAAAACAAAGAAUGAAUACUGAUAUAAGAAAAAAUAUUUUUUGUAUUAUUAUGACAGCUGAAGACUAUUUAGAUGCUUUUGAAAAACUUCAUCAUCUUGAUUUGAAAAAUCAACAAGAAACAGAAAUCAUACAUGUAUUAAUACAUUGUUGUUUACAAGAAAAUAAAUUUAAUCCUUACUAUGCAAUAUUAGCUCAAAAAUUAUGUGAAUAUAAUAGAAAAUAUCAGCUUACAAUACAAUGCAAUUUUUGGGACAAAUUGAAAACAUUAGAAGCAUACAAUAAUAAACAACUAAUUAAUUUAACACAAUUUUUAAUUCAUUUACUCAUUGAAAAAUGUCUUGCUUUGUCAAUUUUGAAAGUUAUUCAAUUUACUGAACUUGAAAAACAUACUAUUACAUUUCUUAGACAAAUUAUAUUGGGAAUUCUAUUGCAUGAAAAUGAACAGGCUUCUAUCCAAGUAUUCGAAAGAAUAUCUGUUUCUUCUCAAUUACAGACUUUUAGAGAAAGUCUUCGUUUAUUUAUAAAUUGUUUCUUGGUAAAAAAUAUAGAUAUGUGUACUAUAUUAGAUAAGGAAAAAAUAAUAUUAAAAAAGAGAAUCGAAAUUGUAGAUAAAAUAUUAAUUUUACAUGGAUCUAAAAUUAUGUUUUAAAUUUUAUAUAGAAUAAAAAGUUUUAUUAAAAAUUUAAAAAAAAAUUUAUUAAAAGUUUUAUUAAUUUUAUUAAAAAUAUAAUAAAAAAAAUCACUUUAUAAAAGCAUUGAACUAUUUAACUUUUCUUAUUAUUAAUUAUUUAUCAUAAAUGAAAAUUUAAAGCAAAUAAUCUAAAAUUCUUAAAUCAAUUUCUAAUUUUUCAGGAUUAAAUAAAAUUAUUAUCAUAUAUUUAUUUUUUAUAUUUAUUAACAUACAUGUGUGUGUGUGUGUAUGUGUGUAAAAUAUAAUCUUAUAUUCUUUAUGUAAUUUUAUAUUCUUCUUAAGUGUUCCUGCAUUGUUAAUUAUUGUUUUUCAAAAGUCUGCAUGCAAAGUUUAUAAAUAUUCUCAUAUUUUGAAUUUAAAGAACCAUUGCAUCCAUAUCCACCUAAUCGAUGAAUGCGAAGAAAAUCAUCACAAUUAAUAUUACCAUCAUUGUUACAAUCCUAAAAAUAAACAUAUAAAGAAGAAAAGUAAAUAAUUAUGCUCUAAUCAUAGAAUGUUAUAUAGAAUGUUUUAUGAAUUAUUUAAACUUCUACAUAUAAUUAUCAAUCGAAUUAUUCAUUAUAAAAAAAAUGUUUCAAAUAAAACUUAUAUUUUGAAAUGUUAUGUUUUGAUGGAAAUAAUUUAAUAUAAAUGAUUUCUUCAUUGUUGAAAUAUAAAGAAUAUAUUUUAUUUUUUUUAAUAGAAUUAUAUAUUUUUUUGAUAUAUUUUUUCAUUUCUCAUAAAGAAGUGUUGUCAUUUUUAAAAAUAUUUUAAUUUGUAUUUUGGAAAACUGCCAUAUAAAAAAAUGAUAUAACUUUUUAUAUUCAUUUCUUUACAUUAUAAUAAAUUUUACAAAAUUAAAAUGUUUAUUAAAUUAAUAAUUUUUUAUAUAUUUUAAAGUUUAAUAAUUUUUUUAUAAAAAAAAUAGCCCAAUUGCAUCAAUUAAUAUAUAUAUAUAUUGAUGCAAUUAGAUUAUUAUAUAUUUAUAUAUAUUAUUAUAUAUAUUAUAUAUUAGAAAUAUACUUAAAAAAUGGAAUUGAUUCUCAAAAUCUUAUUCUUUUAGAUAUUUUCAUUUACAGAAAAAUUAUUUGAAUUCACAUAUUUUUUUUUAAACAAAAUAAAAUAUUACUUAUAUAAGUAAAUUUUUUUUCCUGAAAGCUUUAAAAUAACGAAUUCGAUAAAUAAUUACAUGCUUAAAUGAAAUUUAUAUUAAUGUAUCUUGUAUACCUGAGCAAAUUUCAUCAUGUAACCUUGUACUGUACGAGCUGCACAAUAAGGAUCGUUUACACAUCGUGCAUAUGCUAAAUGAAAAGCAAAUUUUUUUUUUUAAUUAUUUAUUUUUUAUUUAUUUUUUUAAUUAUUAAAUUUCAUUUAUAAUAAAAUUAUAAUUAAAUAUGUAUACUAACCAUUUUCGUUUAAAUUAUCAUCAAGUGUUGGUUUACCGGCAUCAGCCCAAUAAUUCCAUGUUAUACGAAAUGGUCCGCAAACAGAUUCAUCACAACCAAUUGUAAUAUUACAUCCAGAAGCAGCUUCACAUAUACAUCCCAGACAUACCCUUGGUACCAUUUCUGUUGCUAUUACCAAUGUUUGUUGCUC